AUGAAGAGAGAAGGACCAAUGGAUGACGACCAUUCAGUCAAUAACAACAGUGAUGUGAAUUUAUUUGAAAUUAUGGACGAUCAAGCUCCAAGUUAUGUGAGACGAGUAUUUAGAGGAUUGCCUGAUGAAGUGAAUAAUGGACUUUUCAAAACUUUGGAAUUACAUUCUCAAACAUUUGAUCAUAUACAACCUAUUAGGGGAAUGGUGAAACGAAUGAUACCAUUGAAAUGUGUCAUGACACUUCAGAAUAUUCUUGUGAAAAUUAGAAGAUGUGAAGAAGUGAGAAAUGAAAGUAUUUUGGCAUUGAAAUCGUUUGACGUGACAAGUCGAAUGCAAAUGUUGAAAAAUUUGGAUUUUACAAAAAUUGUAAAACAUUUGAAAACGGAAGAUUUGAAAUAUUUGGCAUUUCGGUUAAGUCAAACGGUGGCUCUCGUGGAAGGUUUAGAAUUGUACACAAAAAAAGAAAUGGUAGAAUAUGACAAGAAUUUGAAAAACGUCAUUUAUCGAUUUGAAGGAGUUGAGCAUAUCGAAGAAGAAAAAUUACGAACAGCUGUGUUAUUGAACGAAUAUUUAAAAAAGCUUCUCCAAUACAUGGAAGGUGUGAAGAGCACCAAAAUGAAGAAUUUUGAAAUUUUGAGUGUCAAGAAGAAUUGUCGUAAUGAUAAUUUAUUCUUACGGCAGUGUCAUGGUUGUGUAAUCAAGCAACAAAUGUAUUGUUGUGAAGUUUUGCAUUAUCCAAGAGAUUAUCUUGGAGACAGUACAGAACAAGAUGAGCGAGCGAUGAAUGAUUCCAUUCACAUGUUUGUAGAUUUCGACACGGAUGAAUUAUAUAUUUUCGAUGACACUUUAGAAAAUUCAAAAAUUGUGAAAAGUGUGACGAGUUUGGUGAAGGGCAAUAAUGCAAAUGACAAUUCCAAAAAAUCCAAACAUGUAUCUGUUCUAUCAUACUCUUCUGUGAAAGACCAUACUUUGAAAGGACUCGAUUUUUCCAAAUAUUUCUAUGUGUUUCGAUUUGAUUCUAAGGCAAAACAAUUGAGUGUGGAAUUUAUGAGAGAGAGGUGCACCAAUGAGACAAGAGACACAUUGUUGAAUGACAAUUGGAAGUUAAAAUAA